UGAAUGAAGGGUCCAUGGUGAUGCAAAUCUGCUUGCCUUGAAUAUUGUGAUGUCUUACCAACACACUUACAUAACAAUUAAACGAGAACUAAUCACCUUGAACGAGAGAGACACAUUAGUGCGAACAUGAUUCUGACACAGGCUGUUAACCUUAUUGUGAUACUCAUGAUUCACAGUGUUCCUUGCCAUGUUCGCACACCUAAGUUUUGUGCAUUUAUGCCAGACUCUCUUGCCUCGCUCUUUUAGUGUUUUAGUGUUCCUUUAGUUGGACACAGGUUUCUCCAGCUGACAUCCAUGGUAUCAAACCAGAGAUUUACGUACCCACAACUACGCCUCUUUGGAAAAUGUCUCACUCGUGAUUUGCAUUUUGUCAGACUCUCGGCAAGCUCACGCAUCACACAAUGUCGAACUAAUUCAUUUAGUAGUGGCACAUUUUUUGGAAUCGUUUGGUUGUGGAGAGAAGUCAUAGGUCUGACAUCUGAAACAGGAAGUUCUGCGUCCUAUUCAAUUGCCGACAGUGGAUAUUCCCAGGCGCUGCAACAAGCAAAGGCAUAAAUCAAACGACUUUCUGUAAUACUGACUCAUUCCUCUAAAAGUAAAACUUCGUGCUCCGAAAGUCAGACUCCAGCGAUAGGUCCGAUUGUCCACCGCUUUUCGUACACUGGAAUGCUACACCGAGCAUAAACGAUGUCAUAAUAAAAACAAAAGCAGCCUAAACCAACCCGGAGUGAUUAUGGUUGACAGUGACAAUUGAGAUCAGAGUGGAACUAGAAGCCGAAGUAAUGGCGAAAGGGCAACACAACCAAGAUGUGAACUCACUGGGAUUGGUGUCAGCCAGCAAGACGGAGGAAGCCAUGGAGAUUCUCAAGCUCAUGAGCGCCACCUUCUUGGUAGGCUUGUGCCAGGCUAUCGACCUGCGUCAUGUCGAAGAGACCAUGCAGUCGGCCGUGAAGCUAGUGAUACAGGUGGCCAAGAAGACGCUCUUCAUGGGCAGCGACGGAUUACUGCUGCCAUCACACUUCUGCGAGAAGGAACUACUGAUGGCAGUGGAUCGUCAGCUGGUGUUCAGCUACAUCGACGGUUCCACCAGUGAUUCAUACCCGCUGAUGGAGAAACUGCGAGGGGUGCUGGUUAGCCGUGCCUUGAAGAGUGCAGACAAGGAGACCUCCAACGCAGUGUUUAGGCAGAUUUCAGUGUUUGAGGCAGAGGUGAAGCUGCAGCUGAGCCAUGUGGUGCCCGCGGUGCAAGAAGCAUAUGACACAAAGGGACUAUCCUUGGUUCCCGACAGGAUUCAAGACUGCAGGACGUAUCCAUUGUACAAGCUGGUGCGCGGAGACUUGAAGACGCAGCUCUUGUCUGGGCAGAGGACGAUGUCUCCGGGGCAAGAGAUUGAGAAGGUGUUUAAUGCCAUUUCUGCAGGCCAGUUGGUGGCUCCUUUGUUGGAAUGUGUUCAAGGCUGGACCGGCACACCAGGGCCCUUCCCCGCUCGCGCCUCUAGCUAGUUGACACUGCUUUAUCUCCCAAUAUUGCCUCGGGUCGUCGAUUCAUCUUCGUGUGUUACAUUGACAUUACAAUUAAUAUUUAACAUUUGUAGGAACUGUAGGAGAACUGUAAAGGCUUGAAGUUGAGGUUGUGUGGUGCCUUCACCCUUGACCUUUGUUAACACAGAAAGCACUGCAAUCCAUCAAGAGCUUUUCAAUUGCAAUGCGUAGUUGUGUAUAUAUUUCCUAACUUCAGAAGCAGAAGGAGAAGUAGAAGAAGAAUGAGUCUCUUGUUUGCAGGCAAAAAUGAAUAAAAGUUCACUUCAGCAACAGCCGACAUCUACUUGAGUGGUUAAUUGUUAUAGUUUGUUUCUAUGUGUUUGUCUGUUUAGUGGAGUUUCAGGAGGGUGGAUGUUUAGUGAUUGAACUAUUGAUCUUUCA